AUGGCCAGUCAAUCACCUCUAAACCCUACAUUCAAGGGGCACGUAGCCACCACCUGGGAUGCACUUCUCCUCUUCGAAGCGUGCUUGCAGGGUCAAAUUAACCACGUGCCUCGACGCCCGCAUGAUCGUGAACGCCAAGAGCUCAUUUCUAGCGGCAACAUCUUUAUCUAUGAGGAGCAUGCCUCUGGCAUCAAGCGCUGGACGGACGGUAUCUCUUGGAGUCCUAGCCGCAUCCUCGGCAACUUUCUCAUCUACCGAGAGCUAGACAAGCCCUUUCCUCCCGGCGAAAAGAAACGUGCGCUCAAGAGAAAACGAGGUUCUCAGGGCGUCAACAAGGCCACCCCUCGGUCAAACUCAACUGUACUAGACCCGACCACCAUCGCCCGAGACCCAGAACGGUCGCUGGUCGGUUCUCUGGUGGACUCUUAUCUGUUCAAAGAAAGAGGACUCGUCAAGAAGACAAUCAGCAUCACCUUCCAGGGUGUGCCGCACCAUCUGGUCAGCUAUUAUAGUAUAGAAGACGUCGACAACAAGUCUCUGAUGACCCCGACCGAGUCCAACUUCUUUUCACACAUCAAGCCUCGCACCGAGCUUGUCAUGUCCCAAAACUUCCGCAAUCCUGUGGAUGAAGUCACCUUGUUUGGGCAGGAAGACAAUGGCUUCAUGGGUGCCAACGCGCACUUCUACAACAUGGGUGCCCACCAGAUACAACAGCAGCAGAUGCACCACCACCAACAGCAGCUACAGCGCCAGCAGCAGCUGCAACAUCAAAUGCAUGCGAUACAAAUGCAGCAACAGCAGCAGCAGUUCCAUCACCAAAUGCACCAGCCGCAGCCCGACGAGCAGCGGCAGCACCAGUUGUCCCACCCAUCACCGCACCAGCAAGAUGUGCAGCCAGACGAGCAGCAACAGAACGGCGAGGGUUUUGACUGGUCCAAUUAUCAGGGACCCAACGAAUACUACUAUCCUCAACAAGGAUAG